AUGAGAGAAGAGGUAGCCACAAAGAGAGAUGAGGGAUGUGGAGAAGAAGAGAAAGUUGAGAUUGAAAGAGUGAAAAGUGAGCAAAGUGAGCAAACACAAUGUGAGAAGAGUGACUCAAAGAGUGAAGAGGUUGUGAUUAAGGAGAGUGAAAAAGCUCCCAUGAAACCCUACAAGCCACCCAUCCCUUUUCCUCAUAGGGUGGUUGAGAAGAAGUUGAAUGAGAAAUAUUCUAAGUUUCUUGAUGUCAUGAAGGGGUUACAAGUGAACAUUCCUUUCCUCCAUGCCAUGGCACAAAUGCCAACUUAUGCAAAGUUGUUGAAAGAACUUCUUACCAACAAGGCGAAGCUUGAAGAAGCAACCGUUUCUCUUCCUAUGGAAGUGAGUGCUAUCAUUCAAAACAAGCUUCUAGAAAAGCAUAGUGAUCCGGGUAGCUUCUCAAUACCGGUGAAGAUUGGUGAUCUAGAGCUAAAGAAUGCCCUUUGUGAUCUUGGGGCAAGUGUUAGCCUUAUGCCUCUCUCUAUGGCUCAAAGGCUAAAUGUUUGGAGAAUGAAGCCUACACGGAUGUCACUUCAACUAGCCGACCGUUCGGUUAGAACACCCUUGGGAGUUUUGGAAGAUGUCCCGGUCCAAGUUGGAAGAGUUUUUGUGCCUUGUGAUUUUGUCAUUAUGGAGAUGGAAGAAGACUCCAAGGUUCCUCUUAUUCUAGGAAGGCCUUUCCUUUCUACGGCGGGAGUUGUUAUUGAUGUGAAAGAUGGGCGGUUGACUUUGAAUGUUGGAGAUGAGAAAAUCACUUUUACUCUUCAACAGUCAAUGAACUCACCCAUGAUGAAUGAAGUCCACCGCAUUGACACCUUGAAAGAGGACUUGAAGGAAUUUAGAGAAAUGAUUGAAGUGAAAGACCCAUUGCAAGCUAUCAUAAUGGGAAGAGAUUUUGAGGAAAGUGAGGAAGUAAAGGGGUACAAGAUGCUCCUUGAUGAAGCACCGGUCCACCGUGGAAAGUUCGAAAUGCUACAAGUGGAUGAAAAAGAGGAGAGGACUUCGCCUCCUCAUAAGGUCGAACUCAAACCCCUUCCCCCUUCCCUUAAAUAUGUUUUUCUUGAUGACAAUGUGUAA